GGCGUUCUGACUCUAAAGAUUUAAACGUUAAACCCUCUCUUAACACUUCUGCGCAGAAAGAAGAUGCGGACAAUAAAUUUAGUACCUGAUUGUUCUUCGUCCUUUCCGGCGGAGGAUCUGCACGGAACAGCUCCGUCUCCGGUCGCUCCGGAGAUGCAAGACAUGUCUACCUUUCUAAACCAAUUCUUCCACCACAAGCCCAUGCUUUACCAUUCUGUACCACAACCAGAGCCAGAGCCACAACCACCUCCACUAUUUUCACCAUGCGGACUGUUCUCCGCGGAGAUUUGUCAGCGGUCGGGCGGAUCCGAGUGGGAAUGCCAAGUCAGAGACGGGAACUCGGGUGCCGCUGUUGAAUCGUCGUGCGGUGUCAAUGUCUCCGAUCCCGGCUACUCUUUUGAGGCCGAGGUGAAAGCCUGCGCUCAGAACUCGUUUUAUUCGGCCGGUGUUGUGGAUUCUGAUGCAAACGAGAGGAGAGUUUCGCCUGAGAAUUAUCUCGACGAGUUGAGUUGUGAUAGCGAGAAAGAUUCCGAGGGGUUAGAGGUUUUAGCAAAAUCAGUUUCGCGUCGUUCUUCAUCGAAGAGGAGCAGAGCUGCGGAGGUCCAUAACUUGUCGGAAAAGAGGAGGAGGAGUAGGAUUAAUGAGAAAAUGAAAGCGCUACAGAACCUAAUUCCAAAUUCUAAUAAGACGGAUAAGGCUUCUAUGCUGGAUGAAGCGAUCGAAUAUUUGAAGCAGCUUCAGCUUCAGGUGCAGAUGCUAGCAGUGAGAAAUGGAUUGGGUUUGCACCCGAUGUUCUUGCUGGGAGUACAGCAGCCUAUGCAGUUGCCUCAGGCAGGAGUCAGCUUUGAUGAGGGAAAUGGAUAUCCGAAUUCGAGCAGAGGAACAGGCACAUUUUCUGGGAAUCACGAAAACUGCAGGGAAUCUGUUUUAAAUCUCUCCAAUCAGCCAUUUGUUAUACCUUCAGUGACGAACAUCACCAUUCCAGAAACCUCACUUGGUUUUGAAGAAGAAUCAGCUCAGGCACAUUAUGAACCAUUGAAUCAUUCAUCUUCCAAGGAAAUUGCUAGUGAUGGCAAGCUACAGCUACAGUCUGAUACCAGUCAGAUUGGAAAGAUCUCUUCAUCAGACUUGUCUUAGCCAAAAGCUGCCGUCAGAGAGAUAGGAUGUAAGAAGUUUCUGCCGUCUCAAACAAUUCCUUUUGGAAAAUUUGUUCUAUUGUCAUCAUAUUUGUCUCGAUCGCUAUAGUUCUUAUAUAAACCUUUCAAUGAAUAUGAUGAAUAUAAUAGAGGUGAAGAAAGAAAGGUAUUACCAUU